AUGUGUGUCGGCUUCUGGUCGUUGGAACAUCCCCGGUAUGCGCUAAUCCUGUGCAGCAACCGAGACGAAUAUUUGUCCCGACCCACCGUUAGUGCUCGGUUCCAUUCGUUCGGGAAUAUCAAUGACGACGCAUCUGGGGAUGGGCUUGUGUUAUCCGGUCGAGAUAUGCUCGCUGGAGGAACAUGGGCAGGUCUCAGCCGUUCUGGUCGAGUAGCAAUUAUUACCAAUAUCACGGAACCGCCCUCCCAGUACGACUCUUCCAGAGGGGACCUCACGUCCUCCUUCCUGCUUCCGAAGAAACCGACGAUGACACUGCGGGAGGAGAUUCAUGAGCUCACCUCUCGGAAUACGAAAUUUGCCGGCUUCAAUUUGCUCCUGUUAUCUCCUCGGGCGGAAAGCGACCCUAGAGCGAAUAAGUUAUCACUUGACGCCGCAAUCGCCACUAACUGCGGAGGGGGAGGCAGAAUUAUCGCCCGUGAGCUCACUUACGAGGAAAGGCGGUGUGGAGGAAUAUCCAAUGGUGUCGAUCAUCAUGGUGCGAACGAGUGGCCCAAAGUCAAACACGGAGUACAAGCUUUGCAAGAUAUCCUAUCGUCCGAUUUUGAUGAGUCCAAACUCGUGGAACAGCUAGUCUGUCCGCAAAAUGCUCUAAUAUUUGGAGGUUCUCGCGAAAGUUGGAAGAGUGACGUAGCACCAAUUGAUCGCUCGACGUUGCGCAACACCAUCGAAGUCGACCCACUCUUAAUCCCAAUCAAAUCGUCGAGCUCGGACAUCAAUGACUGCUAUGGCACCCGUCUGUCCACGAUAAUUCUGAUUCGACGAGAUGGAGGAGUGCUCUUCAUUGAACGAGACAUAUGGGUAUUGAAAGAAGGUGGUACUGUUGCCAAGGCAGAUCCGCGGACUCAGCGAGAAUUUCGCUUCAACACACAAAUUGACAGCGAGGGACAACAGGUGAUAUGA